CCAAAGUGUGGCUGAUCUUCUCUGUCAAACGCCAUUGCCAUCACUCGCCAAGUCACGCAAGAGAUAAACAAAGGAAGGAAGGAAGAAAGCUGAAGAAAGAAAGAUGAUGAGUGGAGUACGACGAGCCACGAUCCUGAUAUCCACUCUGCUGGUUGCCUUUCUGGGCCAACACUGUGCCGUUGCCUUUGCCCCUGCCACCAGUCUCAUUAACAAACCUACACAACUACGAGCACGGCCUCUGUUUGAGACUGCCAAUAAUCCCAAGUUGGCUCCCGGUGACACACUCCCGAACGAGCUGCCUCAGAUUCCGUUUGUGACCAAGACCGUGCCAUCGGAUCGAUCGCAAGAUUUGCAAAUUGGAGAAGAUUGCGGUGUCUUUGACAUUCAACAAGAAAACUGGGGAAGUUUGGGCGAUCGAGGAUGGUAUACGUUUUGUGCCGCCGUGGCCACCAUUCUUACGGCCGUGGCCGUCCUCUGGGUAUAUCCUCCCACGGGCUAUGCCGAUGACUUUACAGCUGGUUUGGAAUCGAUCGCGGGCGGCAAUCCUCAUAUUGUCACACUGCUCUUUGGCAUCAUCUUUCCCAUUGUCCAUUCGGGAUUGGCAUCCUUACGACCGUACGGAGAACAAGUGGUGGGAGCGCGAAUGUGGAGAGUCAUUUUUGCCUUUCCCAGUUUGUGCCUCUCCUACAGUUGGAUCGCCUACUUUAUUGCCCAUGUGCACGAUGGAUACACAUUCUACGAUUUGAGCCAUAAUCCGGCGGCUCAUACCAUUGCGUGGUUGAUCAAUUUUGCCAGCUUUUUCUUUCUCUACCCAUCGGUCUUUAAUUUAAAAGAAGUGGCCGCCGUCGAAAUACCCAAAAUUCAUUUAUGGGAAACGGGCAUGAUUCGGAUUACACGACACCCGCAGUUUGUUGGACAAGUCAUGUGGAGUGCCGCACAUUUGGCCAUGGUCGGGACCACCUUUACGGCAUUGACCAUGGCACUCUUGGUCGGUCAUCAUGCAUUUGCCUGUUGGAAUGGAGAUCGACGAUUGUAUCAAGAGCACGGAGAGGAUUUUCUAAAGGUCAAGGAGCGAACCAGUAUCGUGCCCUUUCAAGCCAUUCUGGAAGGACGACAAGUCCUGCCCAAGGAUGUGUACAAGGAAUUCUUGAGAGGGCCCUAUGCUGUUAUCGCCGUGUUCACCUUGGGAGCCUACUUUGCUCAUCCCUACAUGCAAGGUGGAGCUGCCUUGGUCAAGAAUACUGGUCUGGUACAGGGUGGGAUCUUGGAUGGUCUAUUUUCGUAA